CUCGCAACAAAGUCGACAUCUCGCAGGUGAGGGAUGCUGACGCUAAGGAGACCAAGGCCGGUGCCUUUCUGAGCUAUCACCUUCACAUUAUCUCCGAGUCCUCAAAGCAGAGGCGUGCCCCUUGAGGCUCGAACUUCGACCAUGUCCUUGGGCACCUCCGCAGCCCCAAUCAAGGGCUCAUGUUUCUGUGGGGCCGUCUCUUACAGCCUGGCUGGAAGACCAAUUAUGAGUGUCUACUGUCAUUGCACCAUUUGCCAGAAGUUGAACGGCUGUCCUUUUGUUCAUACUAUGCAUUUUAAGGGCUCAGACUUUACUUGGAGUCAUGCUCAGCCCCACGAAGCCCAGCUCGACUUCUACAUCAUUCCGAGCAAGCCGCACAAGACUCGCUGUCGAUGCAAGACGUGCGGAGCGACCGUUGCUUCGUACAAUUCUGACACUAGAUGCUGGAGUGUCUGGGGCCCUCAACUGAAGCGUGACGCUGCGGGUAAGAUUGAGGCCUGGGAACUAGUGAAACCGAGCGCGCACAUGUUUUAUGGAACGCGUAUACUCGACGUCGGGGAUGAGUUGGGAAAAUGGGAAGGGUAUGAGAACAGAUCGACCAGACUUGGUUGAGGUCACUCGACGUAUACCGUCCAACCCCUUCUGACUUCCCUGCAUCGUGACUGCAGCAUAAUUUGAUCAUUUCGGGCCCUUUGCGCCAUGUCUUACAUGUACAAGUAGCAAUAAUAUCCUUAUGGUCUGACUUACUGCGCGUAUAUUUUUCGCAUAAUAACUUACUCUUGACAGCACACACAGCACAGCACGAAAAUUCAUGAUUCCCUCCUUCAAGUUAACCUCGACCCGUCCUUCAAAGAAUAAUCGGGAUGCAACCGAUGGAGAUAUGACCGCCCUAGACGUCCUCAAUGAAGCAGCUCGUGUGGAUGUGUACCACGUUGAUAUUCUCGCAACAUACGACAUUAGCGGAGCAGGCUGGCCCGGAGCCAGCGCUGACUACGGUGUGCGACCGUUCUCCGAUGUCUGACGGUGGCAUCCAGAGCACAGCACCCGUCUGCGAGGCAAAUUCUCUCUGCUGCGAGAACUCUGUCUUGGGAGGUCUCGUUAGCGCGCUGGCUGCGUCUUUCUUUAAGCAUCUAGCUCCA